CACAGAAGGAAAGGACCAGAUCUGAUUCUUGCAAACAUGAAGCCAGUCUUCUGGUAUUUCUUUAUUUUCUGCUUCCAAAUUGAACUUCUAACAGGAGAAAUUGAUGAUUCCGCCAAUUUUGAUAUGUUUACAUUUCACAAUGGAGGUGUACAAAUUUUAUGCAAGUACCCUGAGAAAGUCCAGCAGUUUAAAAUGGAGUUACUGAAGGGGAGGCAAGUACUCUGUGAACUCACUAAGAUAAAGACAAGUGGAAACGUGGUGUCCAUUAAUAACAUGAAAUUCUGCCAAUCUCAGUUAUCCAACAACAGUGUCUCCUUUUUUCUGAAUAACUUGGAUAAUUCUCAUGGCAGCUACUAUGUCUGCAACCUAUCAAUUUUUGAUCCUCCUCCUUUUGAAGAAAAGAUUCUUAGCAGAGAAUAUUUGCAUAUUUAUGAAUCACAGCUUUGUUGCCAGCUAAAGUUCUGGUUACCCAUUGGAUGUGCAGCUUUUGUGAUAGUGUACACUUUGGGAUGUUAUUUUAUUUUUCGGUUUACAAAAAAGAAGUAUGGAUCCAGUGUGCAUGACCCGAAUAGUGACUAUAUGUUCAUGGCAGCCGUGAACGCAGCGAAGAAACCGAGACUUGCAGAUGUGACCCCAUAAUUUCUGCCACUCUCUGGUACCCAGGCAUGAACCACGUUGACCAGUUCCCUGCAACUUGGAAGUACGAGAUGCCUUCAAUUCCUAGACCACAGAGAAUCUGACGGGUUUUGUGACUUACAUCUCCUGCUGAUGUUUUGUUCAAUCUGGACCAGUGACUCUAUCAGUGGAUAGCAAUUUUAACAGACUGCCUCACUCUUGUUGGGUUCUCUCAAAACAAACACCCUCUUGCAACUAGCCUUAUAGAAGGCCCCGCUCAUGUGGGCUGAACAAACAGACCUCACUGGGAUAGAGUCCCUGUCUCUCUGCUUCUGCUCCUAAAAUGCACCAGCCAGUAAAACAAACGCAUCUACACACACACACAAAAAAAAAAUAAAUUAAAGAUGCCAAUGGUAUUAAUCUGCAAAGCUAAUGGGCAGCCAAGGGCCAGCAUCUGUCCUCAUUUUUGUGAACAGACUACCUUUUCUUUCUGUAGGCAUGAGCAUUCCUUUUGAAAUCAGACGGUAGAGGGAGAUUGUUCACAACUGUAGCUGUUUUAUUUCCGGGAUGUCACCAAUAUAUUAAUACCUACACAGUACUCUCCUUUAAUUUCUGGACCUGAGUCGAUCACUCUAUCAAGAGUUAAGAUGUCUUCUUUUCCCCUCAGUUUUCCUUUUAAAAAUAUGUCUACGUGCGAACUUGACAGCUUGCACCAUUCUGAAUAGGAGCUAUGUUGACCUUUUUUUCCUCUUCUGCUUAAUAAAAUUGUAUAUAUACACACAUAUAUACAAUAAUAUAUAUUUAUCUUGUAGGGAGAAUAUUGAUAAAUUAUAUCCUUUGCUUAUAUUCUCCUACAAGAAGAUUUUUGCUCUAGAAAAACAUCUUAGUUCCCCAAAUUCAUUUAAAAUGGUUUACUUUGUUGAUAUUAGUGGUAGGAAACAGGCCCAGAAUCAAAAGCAACUUCAUUUUAUUAUCCUGUUUUCUACCAUUAUCUGUGUUUUCAUGGUGCUAUUAAUCACAAGCUUGGCCAUUUUUGUGGAUCAUAUAAAAAUUGCAAACAACAAACAAACCGUGUUUAAUUGGCAAGUAUUCUCCUGGGGAGGACUGAAUUAUCCACUUAGCCUGAAAGCUGCAGUUAUAGGAGGCUGCUGUCAAAUUUCAGCCAUGCUGCCUCUGGGCUUGACAGGUUAGAAUGGUUCCCAUGAGUCUAGAGCAGCCCUCUGGACCUGGGCGGAGUUCCAGGGUGGAGACUCCACUGAACCAGAGAUGGCCAGCUGCUUUACCCCAGAGACUGAAGUCACCCUGGGAAUCAGAAUAGAUCUCCUCCAGCUUGGUACCUCCAGAACCUGUAAAGAAGAACACAUGGGUUAGGGGACAGCUCCUUCUACAACCAUUCAGCCUGGAAACAGGCCCUGGGCUUUUAAGAUAAUCUUCUUUGAUUUGGCUAAAAAGAUUCUUAAAUACCUGUAACAUGGGAUUAUUCUUAGCUGGAAUAUUUUCUCCACUUUCUGCCCACAUGCCUAAGGCUUGAAGCAGCCAGUGUGUAUAUAACAAACAUUUUAACUUUAUGGAAAAUGAGGACAUUUAGUAGUUUUAAAUUUAUUGUUCCCUGCUUCUGGUUUACUUUUAAAGUGAGACUUGAUAUGUCAUUAUGCAUACUUAUAUUGUGUUAAGCGUGUGUAAUGCUGGAUGUGUACAGUAUAGUACUGAACUUAUAAUUUAAAUCAAGUAUAGUGUUCUCUGUUUUUAGCUGGCUUGGCCACCUGGCUGGUUUGCAGAGGUGUUCCCUGAACUAGUGGUCAGGGAUGAGGGUGGGGAGGACAGCCUUCAUGGCUUUGUUUGGCUGUCCCAAGGUGUGCCUCAAAACAUCCUCCUCCCAACAUCGAACAUUUCAAAAUGAAUUGUUAAAGGAUGAAAUUUCUGUGAAAUAAAAACUGGUUUUAAGAAGAGCCAUUUAUUAAGUAGAUCUUAGCAGUAGUAAGAAUUAAAGAAUAAACUUUAAUACACAGCACCUGAAAAUACCUCACAGUAUUUUGCUGGGGCAGAGAAAUGAUGAUUUUUGCUGGCGCUUGCAAAUUUGACCUUGUUCUUGAAUGACCUUGUGCAAUGAGUGGGACAGCCACUUUUUUCAUCUUCUUUCUGAAAUUUGAAAGAAUCCAAAUUCACAAAAUAGAAGUACAGUAAAAGGACUGCUCUUUUCCUGAGCAAGUUUUUGAAUCUAAUGUCUUAUCAUCUCUGAAAAGUAUGUAGUUCCUGCAAAAAAGAACACUGUCCUCCAAGACUAUGAUGUAGUCAUCAAUAUUGGAAUUUUAACAUUGAUACAUUGCUACCAUCUCAUUCCCAGAUUGUAUUUGAGAUUUUCCCUUUGUCUUCAUUAUGUAUUUUGUAGCCAAAGAUCCUGCUCAGGAUCUCCAUCUGCGUUUAAUAGCCAUGUCUCUGUAGUGUCCUUCAGUCUGGACAGUUCCUCCAUCUAGACUUUGUGGCCUUGGCUUUUAUGAGGAUUACAAGUAGUUAUUUCAUAGAAUGUCCUUUGUUUGGGUCAGUCUGAUGUUUCUUCCUGAUCAAAAUAAGGUAAUUCACCUUUGUCAGAAAGAACAUAGAAAUGAUAUUGUGCUCUUUUAAUUGUAUUUCACCAGGCAGUUCACAAUUUUUAUUUGUUGCAUGACUGUAAAUGUUCAUUUUAAUUACUUGACUAAAGUGGUGUCUGUCAAACUUCUUCAUUGUAAAGCAACUCUUUUCUCCUUUACAGUUAAUAAAUACUUUAUUGGAAAGUA